AUGGUGGAAUUCAUAGUGGGAAAUAUAGGAAAUGGGUUCAUAGCCCUGGUGAACUGUGUGGACUGGAUCAAGAGAAGAAACAUCUCUGCAUUGAGUCAAAUCCUCAUUGCCCUGGCUAUAUCCAGGAUUGGUUUCCUCUGGUUAGUAUUACUAAAUUGGUGGGCAUCUGUGUUUUACUCAGAUUUACUGACAACUGGAAACAUUAUAAGAAUGAUUUAUAUCACCUGGACUGUGAUCAGUCAUUUCAGCAACUGGCUAGCUACCUGCCUCAGUAUCUUUUAUUUUCUUAAGAUAGCCAAUUUUACAAACUCAUUUUUUCUUUACUUAAAAUGGAGAGUUAGAGAAAUGGUUUUAGUGACUUUGCUGUCAUCUCUGAUCCUUUUGUUUUUAAAUAUUAUAAUUAUAAACACACAUAUUGAUAUCUGGAUUGAUGGAACUAAAAGAAACACUUCUGAUAUAAAGUUUUCUAAAUUUCUUUUAUUCCCCAACUUAAUGUUCAAUUUCAUACCCUUUACUGUGACUCUAGCAGUUUUUCUCCUGCUAAUCUUCUCCCUUUGGAAACAUCUGAAGAAUAUGUGGCACAAUGCUCACAGAUCUGGACAUGUCAACACCACAGCCCACAUCAAGGCCUUGCAAACUGUGGUUGCCUUUCUCUUGCUAUAUACAAUUUACCUUCUGUCGAUUCUGACACAAGUUUGGAAGUUUGAAUUCUUGGAUGAAGAUCUGAUCAUUUUCUUUGGACAGUCCGUUGUACUAGCUUUUCCUUCUGGCCACUCCUGUAUCCUGAUUCUGGUAGACAGUAAGCUGCAACAGACCUUUCUGUCUGUGAUGUGGUGGCUAAGGUGCUACAGUCCCCAAAUGUGGAUUCCAUACAUUCAUAAAACAUUUGGAGGAUUGUUUUGUGUUUUCUAG